GUGAAGAAAUUUUGGGCGGAGAGAUGGCGGCCAGCAGCAAGAAGCUGUCCACGCUGCUCGCCCCGAGGCUGCAUUGCUUGUUUUCUAGGCGCGGCCUCCACUCGGCUCUCAAUCUUUGCUCGCAGAAGGCGGCAAAACUGGAGCCAGCUCGAGAGAUUAGCGGAUGCGACGCGAUUGCUGCGAGGAAUUGGCAGAUCACGGAAGAUGAGAAGGACUGGAAGAGUCAUGCCGCUGCCGUCGCUCGCUCCAUGCAGCUUGUCAAGACUAGAAUGAAGUGGGGAGAUGUUCUAUCCAAGCUCAAAGAUCUGGAAAAGGAGCUCGAGAAGCCGGACUUGUGGAGCGACACAGCUCGAGCGUCGAGAUAUAGCCGAGAGUUUGGAUCACUGUCGUCGCGAGUGAAGGAAAUCCGGGAGAUGGAGUCCGAGCUGGUGGAGAAUGUGGAUCUCGUGGAGCUGGCGCGAGAAGAGAAAGACGAGCAAGUAGAAGCAGAGGCAGUCUCGGCUCUAGCUACGCUGCGCAAGGCUGCGAAAGACAAAGAGUUACUCGCACUUUUGUGUGAAGAGAACGAUGGAUGCCCGUGCUUUCUAGAGGUGCAAGCAGGAGCUGGCGGAGCUGAAAGUAUGGACUUUGCAGCAAUGCUUCUUCGUAUGUACAAGCUAUGGGCACUGCAGCGUGGCUUCGAAGCUGCCGUGGUCGACGAAAUGCCUGGCGAUAGAGCGGGGAUAAAGCGUGCAACACUUCGACUCGAAGGUGACUUUGCGUAUGGUUUUGCGAAGACGGAAGCCGGAGUUCACAGGCUUGUCCGGAUUUCUCCUUUCGACGAGGCCGGUCGGCGGCAUACGUCAUUUGCAGCGGUGGCUGUCAUUCCAAUCCUGGACAAUGCCGGAGCCGAGAUUGAGAUAAACGAGGCCGACCUUGUUAUUGAUCGAUUUCGCUCCAGUGGAGCCGGUGGACAACACGUCAAUACAACUGACAGUGCAAUCCGUAUCGUUCACAAGCCAACCGGAAUCACUGUUCAAUGCCAAAACGAGCGAUCACAGCAUAAAAACAAAGACAGUGCGAUGGAAGUUCUUCGCUCUCGCCUGUACCAACUGGAACUGAAACGGAAGACUGAAGAAACAGCGCAGCAUACUCAGUCGCUCCAUGAGAUUUCAUGGGGAAAUCAGAUUCGGUCAUAUGUAUUGCAACCUUAUCAAAUCGUAAAAGACUUACGAACGGGUUACGAGGUGACGAAUCCAACAGCCGUUCUGGACGGAGGCCUUGAUCCUUUUAUAUUGCAAUAUCUAUCCAAGAUGGGAAGCACUUGAAAGAUGCAAAGCAUCGAGAUUACAAUCGAUGAAUUCAAUGGAAGAAUCAUAAGAACAACAAAGAGAGAGAGAGAGAGAGAAAAGAAGAGGCUACGGCACAGCAUCCAGCCGGGGCUCAAACGCCAUGC